CGAAGGAGGAGUAGUCUGGGAAUUAUUUUCAACUUCUGAAUUCUUCUCAUUAUCUCUUUCUACGAGGACACCAAAUUAGAGUCUUGAAUUAUCUACGCAACAUUCUUGAGUUUUUCAACGUUGAAGAAAGCGUACAACCAGCGACAUGUGUACAGGAAAGUGCUCUAAGGUCAUUGCGAUCCCGCUCUAUAUCCUGGCGGGGGUCUCAAUCAUCUGCAACAUCAUCGCGUUCUUCCCUGACUGGUCGACGAAGUACGCUCAGGAAGACAGAGAUGGGAAUGGAGACCGGAUCACAGAGGAGAUUAAAUAUAUGGGAGGGUUCAUCGGCGGCGGACUCAUGUGCCUUAUCCCAGCCAUCCACAUCCACCUGACCAGCAGUAAUGGUUGCUGUGCCAACCGCUGUGGGAUGUUCCUGUCCAUUGGGUUUGCUGCUGCUGGGGUU